UGGAGUCCCCUCCCUUUGUGCGCGUUCACGUUAGAAGCUUUUAGUAUUAACGGGGCCUUCACAAAUCACACGUCAACUCAACUAUCAAGAAUGUCCGCCCCGGGUGCAGAUGGCUCUGGUUCUGCUGGGAUGUCUGGGAGUAACCGCAGACUGCAGCAGACACAGGCACAGGUGGAAGAGGUUGUGGACAUCAUGAGAGUGAAUGUCGAUAAGGUCCUGGAACGAGACCAGAAGCUGUCUGAUUUGGACGAUCGUGCCGAUGCCCUGCAGGCCGGUGCUUCCCAGUUUGAGACCAGCGCUGCCAAACUCAAGAGGAAAUACUGGUGGAAGAACUGCAAGAUGUGGGCCAUUUUGAUAGCUGUGGUUUUGAUCAUUAUUAUCAUCAUUAUCAUCUGGUCGCAGUCAUAAGGACAGAAAUCUGGUUAUAAUUGGAGGAGAAGAUCAGGAUAUGAAUGAGUAUCAACUUCAGAAAGAAGAGAGAGAUAAUGAAUGAUCGCUCUUCCAAUAUGUUCUAACCUGCUGAUUUUCAAAAGCAUAUCUUGUAAACUAUCCUCAAUGUUUUUCUUUUUAUACGUUUUGUUUUUAAUGAAUAGGAUUUGAAUAUGUUCCUGAAUGCCAUUUCCAGAAUACUAACACACUCCCCUGUGCAAAUGACUGAGAGUGUACAGGUUACAAAAUGAUCCUUAACCAUAACACGCAUGCUUUCAUGAUAACAUGAGGCCAAAACAUAUUGACAAACUCAUUUUUGUGAAAGCCAUUUGCCAACAUCUGAUCUCAUUUAUGUAUCACUCAUGGACUCUUGUGAUUUAUGGCCGUGAUCAGACACUCUUGUUUUGGCCGCGUCAGAGUCUUUCUGGGACAACAAGACAAAAGAGCCUUUCCUGAACAACCGCAGACGUGCCUUUAAACAACUCCACUGCCAUCCUGUAACAACAGCACAGGACUUUGCUCUGAUUUUACUCAGAAUAUCUGCACAAAAAUUAUAUAUAUAUAUAUAUAUAUAU